CCACACCCUUAACUGAAAGCUUCUCUGGUUGCGUGGAUUGGAAGCCGCGAACCUCAGAGGCGUGAGAGCAGUCACAGCAAGCACAGCAGCAGCAUCAUCAGCAGCAGUAUCAGAAGCUUCAGCAGCAGCAUCAUCAGCUCAUUCACGUACAACCACAAGGAUCUACACGCGGGGCCAUUCCGUUCCGGAUCAACUUUUUCAAGUCUGCAAAGGGGAACGGAAUUGACUUUUCUCGCUCUCUCAUCUCUCAACUUUUGUCGUCGUUGUUGAAGCUUCACAAUGGCUGCGAAUUUCAACAAAGGGCCGGCGUACGGUCUCUCGGCGGAGGUGAAGAACCGGAUCGCCCAGAAGUACGACUUGCAGAAGGAGCAGGAGUUGCGCGCGUGGAUGGAGGAGAUCACCGGCCUCUCCAUCGGCUCCAACUUCCAGAUGGGCCUCAAGGACGGCGUCAUCCUGGGCGAGCUCAUCAACAAACUGCGCCCGGGCUCCGUGAGGAAAAUCAACCGGUCCAAGCUGAAUUGGCACAAGCUGGAGAACCUCACCAACUUCAUCAAGGCGAUCCAGGAGUACGGACUCAAGGCCCACGACAUCUUCGAAGCCAACGACCUCUUUGAGAACGGAAACAUGACGCAGGUGCAGACGACCCUGCUCGCACUCGCCAGCAUGGCGAAGACCAAGGGCGUGCAGACCAACGCGGACGUCGGCAUCAAGUACGCCGACCAGCAGCAGCGCAACUUCGACACGGAGAAGAUGAAGGCCGGCCAGUGCGUCAUCGGCCUGCAGAUGGGGACCAACAAAUGCGCAAGCCAGGCGGGCAUGACCGCCUACGGGACGCGUCGGCACCUGUACGACCCUAAGACGCUGACCGACAAGCCCAUGGAUCACUCCUCCAUCAGCCUGCAGAUGGGCACCAACAAGCACGCCAGCCAGGCUGGGAUGACCGCCCCGGGCACGCGGCGCCACAUCUACGACCACAAGCUGGGCAUGGAGCACUGCGACGAGGGCUCCAUCCCGCUGCAGAUGGGCACGGCGCAGCCCGGAGCCAAGGGCAUCGUGUACGGCCUGGGCCGCCAGGUCUACGACCCCAAGUACUGCCCCGGCGGCUCGGAGCCCGUGAACGCGCGGGGCUACGGCGAGGACGGCGGCGGCGGCGACGAGGAUGACGACGAGGAGGAGGAGCUCGGCGGCGGGGUCAGGGGUCGCGGGGCGGAGCGCAGCAACGGGCGGGACGCGGCGAACGGCGCCGGCUACGCGGAGGAGCGCGGCUACGGGGGCGCGUACCGCGGCUACGAGCGUGGAGCGGACGACGACGAGGAGGACGACGAGGAGGAGGAGGAGGCCGUGUACCGGCAGCGCGUGCAGUGACGCGGGGGCAAAGUCCCCGCGUCGUCUCCUAACUAACGUUUUGUUUUUGGUCUUCCUCCUCUUCUCGUCACCCCUUACUCUGUCGUCGUUUUUUUGUUUAAUUUUUAACGAAGUGUAAGCUGUUCGUUUCCUCCUCCUGCGCGCCUGAAUUCCCAUUCGAAGUGUUCCUUGAUUGUCAGUUUCCACAAUUUCUUGUUAUUCCUUUAACUCGCCCUGCAAAACCGGCACCCCGUAUCUACGAGCAGCCCCUGCUGCUCACAAAGGGAAUAUUGUGUCGCUGGGGAGGUGGGGAGGUGGGGAGGCGGAAGACCACUGCUAAGUGCGUGCGGCGUCAAAGUUAAGGGAUUUGAACUCGCACAAAAAAAGUCUUUGAGCCAGGCCAUCAAACCCCAGACUACCAUCCAUCCAACUAAAACAUCUUAGAUUUGUACGGUUUUCAAUCAAAUUAGUUGAUUUUCCAAUGAUCUUGCUUAACUUUUAUUUGUACCUACUCACUCAACCCCUCACUCUCUCUCUGUCUGUCUCAACAGCAUUCCAGCCGAGAAGCUUCCUUCGUAAUUGUCUUUUGCAUGUUACUUCUACCCAAUGUGUUAACAUCGAUGUAGCGCUCUGCUUCAGUGAGCAGCAUCGACAAUUUAUAGACAAAUUUGUGCACUGUUUGAGUAACGCUUCAUUUGUACGGGGGACCUUUUAGAUUAAUCAGAAAUGGAGUGUUCAAAUGGUUGAAACAUAUAUGAAAAAUAAGGAAAAUCUCUCCGGAGACUCGGCUCUUUAUUUUAAAGACGCUCCGCCUAUAAUGAUGGACCAAUUCCUUAUUUGCAAACCAGAGUGACCAGAGAAAGCCCGCACACAUAGAUAGGAACACUCAAAACCCGAUACUUCCUCUUGUCUGCAGGGAGUGCUGUGUGUGAUUUCUAAAGGUUUUGAUAGGUGACACAUAGGCUGGUAAAAGCCUUGCGCUGCAGACCCUGGUGUUUAUCACUGCAAAUCCAUGUAAGGGUUAAAUACGUUCUAUUAAAUCAUUUUACAUUACAAUACUUUCUCUACCUGUCGCACAAAGGACCAAUGUCUUGAAUUUUAGAGAAGUGCACAGCAACUUUUGACCAAUUGUGCUCCGAGUUGUUGUUGGUCACGCGUGAGGUUCACCGCCUUCAUCGCGAGAGCCGACACGCAGCUUCACUUCCCGUACGAGUGCUUUGUCAUUUAUCGCAAAGCAUUGUGGGAUUGUGGCACCCUUGGCCUGUGAUUGGCUGCUUUCCCUCGCCGGGACAGCUCAGUGUUGUUAGGUUUACGAUCAGUGCGUAGACCACCCAGCGCGAUGGGAACGUGUUUUAAAAUUAUAAGGGAACAAAACAUACAAUUGUAACGCGACUAAUACUGUUCCGCAUCGCGUUUAUUAAUUACUAGCUUGCAUAACCAUUCCCUGUGAUCUUUUGUCUUUUUUUGGAACUCCUUUAUGUUGAUGAUCCUAACUAUAUUCCGCAAACAACAUAGGGAGCACUUGUGUGUGUGUGUGCGUACAUGCAAUCAGACACUGUAUAUAAUAACACACUGAUAAUGUUUUCCUUGCUUACCAAGCUGAUUAGUUUCCAGUCAAGUCAUGUCAUAUUUAAUAUUCAGCAGUUUUUGUUUUGUUUUCCCCGCCCCCAAGAAAAUGUUACAAAUUCGCCAUCGUCACGUUGCGUACGUUGAACUUCUUCCGCGCCGUACGCAGCCGGCCGCGCUAAUCGGAAGGUGCGGGGAAAUCGAGAAGCCACAAACGCAGUUACACGGCUCGCGAUGUGAUCGCCGUGCGUGUAUGUGCGCGGACGCCGAUACGUUACAAUGCCAGCCGUCUCGCGUGCCGCUCCUGGCCAGGUCUUUUUUUUUUCAUCUGUGCCAAUCGCUAUCUUUAGCCGGAACCUCCCCUAGGUCAGUUGGGCCUAAAUCGGUCGCCUGGUGCGGUGUGCGCUGUCAACACGCCGUCGCGUGGGAGGGGGGGGGCGAAGGGGGGGGCGGCCGUACCUACCCAGUGCCGGCCCCACCAGCAGCUUGACCCCGUGCGGAAAAUUAUAUAACUUUUAUUUUUAAGUACAGCACCGUAUAUACGUAUGUUUCUGAUUGCAUGCGCACGUGCACACCGGCUUAUGACCUAUACGUGUUAUUCUUUUUUUAAAUGUUUAAAGUUGUGUACAUUAUUACGUAAAAGUGUGGGGGGGGGGUGGGGGGGGAGGGACCCGCCCGCGAUCGCCACCCGCGAUCGCCACGCUGUAAAGCAGUCGGAACGGCCCUGGGCGGUGAGAGGGGGGACCAUGUACGUUCACGACCAGCCCGCUGAAACGACUCUUUUUGACCGCCUAAUAGUUGGCCCUGUCAUGAAUGCACGCGUGCGAGCGGGCGUAAGUAAACAAACUUAACACGCAAGAAAACUGAAAACUAAAAAAUUGGUUACCCUUCAACAAACGACAAAGUCCCCGUCAAAACAAUGGCGAUCAAACUGGAAUUGGGCAUUUUUCCAAGUGUUCGGUCACUGAAACAACUUUGUACCUAGGUAAGACGUUUGCCUAGCAAGUUGAAUUUUUUUGUUGUUGACAGAUAUGUAAUGACUAAUUGAAUUGUAUUUUUUUUCUGUUUUAAAUGAGAUGUUAACCCCAGACAGAGUUUAACAUUUUAGGUCAUUUUUUUACAAAGUGUUCCUGUUGUAUUACAAUUAAGAAAAACUCGACUUUGUUUUGCGUUUAAAUAUAUUUGAACUGUCGUCUUACGAUCAUGUUCCAUUCUAUUAGGCAGUUGUACUCUGCUCCUACUGUAGAUUAGACCAAGUCUUUUAACUUCAAAACUAGAGUAAUGAAUUGUAAACAAAAGUGUUCUUCAAUACUUCCCUUGUAUCAUUUAAAGAGAAAUGUUUCCCCAAAACCACUGAAUAAAGAUUAGAUACCAGUUUAAUUACUCGUCAAGUUGAUGCACACACCUUCAAAAUAAAGUUUUCUAUUUAA